UUUAUAGUGUAUGUGUUGUAGUUGAAAGUCAGUUUUUAUUCCGCUCAAAGUGGACUUAUCUCUUAUUUUUGCGCUUGUAAAUCUUCUACCAUACCAAGAUGCCACUCGAAUUCUUAUUUGGGAGGAAGAAAACUCCCGAAGAAAUGUUAAAACAAAAUCAGCGAGCGUUGAAUCGAGCAAUGAGAGAUUUGGAUAGAGAACGAGCGAAAAUGGAAGCUCAGGAGAAAAAAGUCAUUGCUGAUAUCAAAAAGAUGGCAAAGUUGGGUCAAAUGGAUGCUGUUAAAAUCAUGGCCAAAGAUCUUGUUAGGACCAGAAGAUAUGUGAAAAAGUUUAUAUUAAUGAGGGCCAAUAUUCAAGCAGUUUCUUUAAAGAUACAAACUUUAAGAUCAAAUAAUGCUAUGGCUCAAGCAAUGAAAGGUGUUACUAAGGCAAUGGCAACAAUGAACAGACAACUUAAACUUCCACAAAUUCAAAAGAUAAUGAUGGAAUUUGAAAAACAGAGUGAAAUGAUGGACAUGAAAGAGGAAAUGAUGAAUGAUGCCAUUGAUGAUGUCAUAGGUGAUGAAGAGGAUGACGAAGAGAGUGACAAACUAGUAGCUCAAGUGUUUGAUGAACUUGGACUUCAGCUAACAGAAGAGCUCUCAGAUAUUCCAGCAACUGCCAGUGGUGUUGGUAAUAAAGAGGCAGCCGGCGCUGCUAAAGUUCCUGCGAUGGCUGAUGCUGAUGCAGAUUUACAGGCCAGGCUGGAAAAUCUCAGAAGAGAGUAAAAUCUUCAAAGAAAUCGAAAAUAUUGYCAAAUGCGAAUACACUCAUCUUAGAUGCAUUCAUAAGCUAGUACACUGUAUAUAUYAUAUAAUUUUUGUAUAAUUUUAAAUCAUGUGGAAAUAUGUAGAAGGAUUAAUGUAACUUCAUCAAAUAACUCCGCUCAGUUUUAUUAUUUUCACCAAUAAAAUGUAUUGGUAUUUAAUACAUUGRUGAAGUUUUCAAAUUGUACUAAUAUUUUUACUAGUACUUAAAUCUACUACUGGCCGCAUAAUUGGUUAAAUGAUUUCAAUAACCCUGUUAAACUGCAAUUUACUAAGCAUAAGUGAACAUAGAAACUAUUGUAAGUAUUUAAUAAAAACUUUAUUAGCUAUGGAUCAUAUCAUAUUCAGUUUCUCAUCCAUUUGAAACGUUAUACCACUUAAAACAGGCUGGGACGUGGUCAAUGGAUUGAUCUUAGUUUUAAAACCAUAUACUUUGAUGUAAAUUGACUUAGCAAGAAUUAAAAUCUUUUUAUGUGGAA